AUGGCGGGCCGGCUUGCUGCCGUGCCGGAGGAGGCCACCGACGGCUCCCCGGCUGCCUGCCAGUGCCCGCCGACCAACCUCUACCGCGACUCGAUCCGGAGCGUCGCCCUUCCCCGAGGGCAGUACAUCAGAUCGACUCUGUUCGCCCACUCCGGUCAAAGCGGAUCCAGCUUUUCCGGCGCUUCGAGUUAUUACCCGUCCAGCGACUCCGGCUGCUCCACGGGCCCUGGAUGGGGAUCCGCCCCCACCCAGCUGCUCGCGUUGAUCUCUAACCGUAUGGUCGGCGACGGCUACACCCAGCGCAUGGUCCAAGCAUUCGAGUACGGUGGCGACCCGGACCGCGUGCUGGGGGCUUGGUUCUUCGAGCUGGACGUGGACUGGCUUGCCCAAACGCACCUCCAGGACAUGCCGGCGUCGUCGCUCCAAGACUUGGCCGGGAGAUGGAUUCGAGCUCUCACCGUGAUAGUCUUCAAUAUCAGAAAUCUGAUGGUCGCCGUUCACAAGGAGCCGCCGGUCAUGGUGGCACGGUUUGGCAAAGCAAGUGUCUCCGCGAUGCUCGUCUUCGUCAACGCCAUCCUCGCUGCUCCUAGAGCAGAGACGUUUCGGGCCGUGGUAGACAUGUUCGUGUGUGUCUCAAGUGUAUCAUACUACAUGUUUACCACACUCGUGAUCUCUCCCGAAGCCAAAAGCAUUUUCGGCGAAAUAGGCGGCUUGUUGGAGAGGGAAGGAAACAUGUUGCUUGAGGCCAUAUGCAGCAUGAUGGAGGAGGUCAGGACACUCAUCGAAAACGAUGACUCGUGGGCUGUCGAGAUUCUGCGAGGAAGAGGCGAGGUUCACAGGAACACUCGGUUGAUGGUGGAUUGCAUCAUGUCCAUGAAGAUGACACGCACCUCCGUGCACAGACACGACACUGAAAACCUUCGUGGCAUGGUAGAAAACUCCGUUGAUUAUCUGAAGGAUGUGCUCCUUCGAAAAUCGGAGCUAUGCUCGGAUCUAAGCCUGAGGUACCUGUUCCUGCUCAACAAUUACUAUUUCAUAGCGCAGGUGUCUGAGCCAUCAGGAGACAAUUAUGGACUUAAACUUACACCUGAAUGUGAGAAGUACAUGGAUAGUUAUCUUGAUGCUUCUUGGGGGCAUGUGCUGCCAUGCCCACAGAAAUCAAAAUUUUCCGAGCUGCUCUGUUUUUGGUGUUAUUGGAUUGACGACUCUUGGCUGGUUAAAUUCGAGUCAGCAUUUCAUCAAACUUACGAGGCUCAGAAGUUGUGGAAGGUCCCGGAUCCUCAGCUCAGAGAUGCGCUGCGCAGAGCUAUCGCCAUGAAAGUCAUGUCAGGUUACCGGGCCUACCUGAGGGACCAUCCGGUGAUAGAGCAACACGUUACCCGCGGAAGAAGCAGCAGUCCCGAGGUUUUAGCGUUUAUGUUGGGACAUAUAUUCGAAGGAUGA